GAGGCAGGUGACGGUGAGUGGCGAAUUAUUGCUGAUGUUUUGAAAAGUGAGGGACGUGCAGAUAUGGCGUAAGCAAAGGGUAGAAAAUUUGAUGCGAUUUUCGGUUCGGAUAUCCACAAUAAUUUAUAUGUUCAGAAGAAGAAUGAAGAUGGGUGGCCAAUUCCGCAACUCGACGUGGGACCCCAUCCUGAUCAUCUCGCAGAUCUUUGCCCUCCAGUUUGUAAUCUACUGCACCCUUGGCAUCUGGAAUGCAUUUACCACAGCUAUAGCUGGGCUUCCUAGAUCUCUUGACUGCCUCUUUAGUUAUCAAUACAUCCACGUCCGAGACAACACCGGCCAAUUAGUAAUCACCUCUUUCGUCAUCAAUUCUCUCACAGGAGCUUUGGCGCUGUGGUUCAUUGUGCAAAGAACGAAACAGUGUCUCGAUUUCUCUGCGACCGCCCACCUGAUACACCUGUUCGUCUGCUGGAGCUACAACGGCUACUUUCCGGUGUCCAUGUCUUGGUGGGUCUUGAACACGGUGUGCCUUGCCAUCAUGUGCGUGUGUGGCGAGUUUUUGUGCAUGAGGACAGAGCUUAAAUCAAUUCCACUGAAUAUGGGUCCUAAAGCGGAUCUCUAAUAGUAAUAUCUAAUUAUUAUAUGUGUUGGUUAAUGUUUAAGUUUAUUUAAUUUAUUCUUCUCUGAUUUAAUGUUAAACAUAAAAAUGUAACGAUUCAAACCAAACCAAACUUAUAGAAACUAUGAAUAAACCAUUGAGUUAAAAAGA